GACGAUGUGCAACAGCAUACAUAUUCUGGGUCCUUUCUUUCACUCCUAAACAACCGAAUGCUGCAAAGUCGAAAGUUUAUGUCAUAUGACUCUAACUCUGACUCUGGCAUGACUAUGAAUAAUAAAGAUGAUUUAUCGUAAUUUUAUAUCAAUAUCUUCAUUAUACCUAGGUGGGAACGUUUGACCUAGGAAAUCUUCCCAUUUCGAUAUCUCCAAAGGUCUCAUGUUUAGUCGAUCUGUUGGUCAAAGGAACUUCUGACACUUUACCGGAGCAUAUACCUUAUACUCUGACUUCUCUCCUCUCCUCUCCUCUUCUCUUCACUUUGCUUCUCUCUCUUUAUAAUCUCUAGAAGUACUAUUCUAUUGUACUUCGACUCCCUUCUACAAUCUCAACUGUAUUAUACUUCCAUACCUGCCAGUCUCACCUACCGGCACACAUACAUAUCUAAUUUUGGACCGCUCAACCUUGCUGCAUCUGCUCUCAGACUCGCUCGGAUCUUGAAGCACUAUUAUCCAACGAAAUCAGAAUAAAGUCCACGCCUCUUUUCCAAAAAUAUAUUAUACGUCAUACCAGAUAAAUCGAAUUCCUUGAGGGGAUUCCUGUUAUGGGUAUCUUGCGACACUCAAAUCAUACACCUAGAGUGGUAACGGACAAGGUUCCUCUUUCUCAACGCAUUCGAAUUUGCAUUCGUCAACAUUCACCGGUACAUAUCCAUCGAAAUCACCAUCGACAGAACGACAACAUGAACGCGAUUAAUAAUAACGAUGACGAUGAUGCUGGGGCUAGUGGUGGUAGUGGCAGUCUUAGUAACAGUGGUAGCGCUGAUGAACUCUCGUCUUCCCUCGAGAGAUCACAAUCACAACCACAAUCGCAAAUUACCGAACUACCGAAUAAACCUUCAAAUUCGAUAUUCGAGAGAAGACCAAGUACUUCAGACAAACCAUCACUUUCCGUCUCAACCUCAGCUGCGAAAUUAUCUCCUUCCAAACGACAUUCUUUCAUGUCCCCCAUGAUUACAAGUCUCACAGUCAAAACGGAUUUCGCAUCGCAGAAACAAAAAAAUGCGAUUCCACAUUUCCUCAACUACUCAUCGAAUGCAUUGAUGAGCAAGUUCGUAGCUCUGAGGAAUCAUGAACAAACGCUCAGAACUAUACCUAAUACAUUAAUGCAUCACCCUGUCGUGGUAUUGCGCAAUAGAUAUAGCGAUGUCUAUCCAUGGGAACAUCAUCGAAUUAAUCUCCAUUCACUACAAUUUGGCUACAUAAACGCAUCGCCCAUCGCACUUCGGACUGCAAAUGGAAGUGGAGAGGAGCAGGAAAAUUAUAUUGCGACGCAAGGACCAAGGGAUAAUGGACAUGAUGGGGGAUUGUUUUGGGAAAUGUGUUGGCAGGAAAAUGCAGAAGUGGUGGUGAUGCUGACGAGACCGGUUGAAGAGGGAAAGGAAAAAUGUGGUGUUUAUUACGCGGAGGAUGUGGACGAGGUUAAGACGAUUGGAGAGUGGCAGAUUAGAUGUGUGGGAAAGGAAGAAGAGGGUGGAACUGUUCGGAGGACAUUGCGAAUCAAAAAAGUGAAAAGAGCGGCGAGUAGUGUGAGCACGAAAAGCAGUGCGAGUGUUGGGAAUGGAAUAGUCGGCACGAAUGAAACAACAGCAGAAGGUCACCCUGAAACAGAAAAGGAAACGGAAGAUACAACAGAGGAAUUACAAGAGGAAGAAGCGGAAGAAGAAACGGAAGUCGAAGAACGUACAAUCCAUCAUUUCCUCUUCGAAUCUUGGCCCGAUAAUGACAUCCCUCAAUCUCCGGCCGAUAUACACGCCCUUCUCUCCCUCCUCGACGUCUCGCGCGCAGCCAAUAAUCAUUCGACCACUCCUCGCAUAAUUCACUGUUCGGCAGGUGUUGGCCGUACUGGUACAUUCAUCGCGCUAGAUCACCUUCUGAGGGAAUUGGAAAUGGGCCAUCUGGAUGGGUUAUCGAAAGAUAAAGAUCCGGUCUAUGAGACAGUAAAGAGACUGAGGGACCAGAGAAUGUUAAUGGUGCAUAGAGUUGCGCAGUAUGUGAUGAUUUAUAACGUUCUGAAGGAGAAGUGGUUGGAGAGGGAAAGAGAAAGGACUCCGAAGGAGAAGGAGGGAGAUACAGAUGUUGAGGUGGAGGCUGAGACUCCCGGGGCUAGCUCGGCGAAGAAGAGGAAAUUUGGUGGUCUGGGCCGCACGAGUGAGGAAAGUAGAAAUGGGGCCGGUGUCAAAUCUCCUCAUGCGUGAUAAUAUUUAUCAUCGGAUCCAGAUCUUCGAUAACUGUCUUGGUUGUAAGGAAUCUGACUUGGCGGAGGUGUAUGCAGAAGCCCGUGCUAUAGAAGAUAUACUGGAACAAAACGAUGAUGGGGUGCUAUUACAUAUGUACAGAUAUAUAUGACGAAUUCGCAUGGAAGAUUUGGGUCUGCUUGGGAACACAUUGAUAUAUAGGCGUUGAAAUUAGUAUUGGCAUUGACGUCAACAUUAUUAGGCUGGCUUGGUUGGGAGGCAAUGAACAAAAAGUUCAUGGAUGCCUAUUGUUUGAACGAUAUUGUUUGGAUUGGAUAGGAUUGGGACGGAAUGGGAUUAGGAUUGGGAUUGGCAUUCGAAUAGGGAUGACUGGGAGUUUUGGGGGGAGGAGUAAGAUGGAGGAGAUGAAGUUUAUUUGACAUUGCGUUCGUCCGGUAUUAUCUCUCUGCGCUUGAAUGUUUAUCUUUCUUUUUUGGAAUCUUGAUUCUUGAGUUCGUCUCGGAUUUAUAUCUAUCCGUCUAUUCUACGAGAGAGAUUGAUUAUAUAUUUUUUUAAUGUGUGGAUGCAUGGAUGAAUAUUCUUUUUCUCUUCUCUUCUUCUGUUUAUUAUUUGUUUAAUGUUGUGGUUGGUAUUCUUAUUUUAGUGUAGCGAGGAAGGAUGAUAGGAUAGGGGGGUGAAUGAGGGGGCGGUAGGUAGUUUUAGAGUACGAGUGGCUUGAUUGAAGAUGAAAUAGUGGAAUGAAUGUGAAUAUAUUGAUAGCUUGUUUA